CAAUAGGACGCCAGCGAGCCCCAACACCUGGCGACGCCGCAAAAUUCACCUACGGGGAGCACCGGGCACGGCAAAAAAACCCCAAGCCAAAAUUCACGGCGGGGGCACCGGCCACGGCAAAACCCCCCCGGCAAAGACAAAAACCCGGUGGCCACUCACCCGGCGCGGUGAGAAUAUCUGGCGGAGACCUGGUGGGCAGCGCGCGGCCACAUCAGCCACCCCAUCCACCCACCUCACCUCCGGCGGGCCAAUGGCGACUCGGCUAAAGAUUCCACGAGAUAAGGACCCGAUCGCUUUUCCGACGCUAUUUAGCCUGGCGCGCCCGCCGGCGGUACCACUCCACCACCAGCAGCAGCAGCAGCAGCUAGCAACCGGUCCAACACUCUCACGCUCGCAGAGUUUGCUCAUCAAUGGCCGCCUCCACCAUGUCGAUCUCCUCCACGGCGAUGGCCGGCACCCCCAUCAAGGUGGGCUCCUUCGGCGAGGGCCGCAUCACCAUGCGCAAGACCGCGGCCAAGCCCAAGGUGGCGGCGUCCGGCAGUCCCUGGUACGGGCCCGACCGCGUCAAGUACCUCGGCCCCUUCUCCGGCGAGCCCCCGAGCUACCUCACCGGCGAGUUCCCCGGCGACUACGGCUGGGACACCGCGGGGCUGUCGGCCGACCCCGAGACCUUCGCCAAGAACCGCGAGCUGGAGGUGAUCCACUCCCGCUGGGCCAUGCUGGGCGCGCUCGGCUGCGUCUUCCCCGAGCUGCUCGCCCGCAACGGCGUCAAGUUCGGCGAGGCCGUCUGGUUCAAGGCCGGCUCCCAGAUCUUCAGCGAGGGCGGCCUGGACUACCUGGGCAACCCCAGCCUGAUCCACGCGCAGAGCAUCCUCGCCAUCUGGGCCGUCCAGGUCGUGCUCAUGGGCGCCGUCGAGGGCUACCGCAUUGCCGGCGGGCCGCUCGGCGAGGUCGUCGACCCGCUCUACCCAGGCGGCAGCUUCGACCCCCUCGGCCUGGCCGACGAUCCCGAGGCCUUCGCCGAGCUCAAGGUGAAGGAGCUCAAGAACGGCCGCCUCGCCAUGUUCUCCAUGUUCGGCUUCUUCGUCCAGGCCAUCGUCACCGGCAAGGGCCCGCUCGAGAACCUCGCUGACCACCUGGCUGACCCAGUCAACAACAACGCCUGGGCCUACGCCACCAACUUCGUCCCCGGCAACUAAGCUCAUCAGCUGCUCAGUUGGCUAUGCAACUCCAUUGUCUUUUCGGAGAGGGCGUACGUGGAUUGAUUGAUGCUGCAAGUUAGCUGCAUGUGUGUCUCUUGUUUCACGUUGCAUUUCAGGGGGCAAGUCGAGAUGAUGAUGAGUUGGCGUUGUACACUAAGACGAACGAUGCUUGUGCAAUAGUAGUUGUGGUUUUGUUUCCCGGUGGUUAAUUAUUGAUUUGUCAGAUUAAGGUCAUCCAUUAA